UUAUUUUCUUUUUUUCUCCUCCUCUCAUUGUCGGCGAGGACUAGCUGUCGCCGGCUGAACGUUAGCUAACAUUAACUGCCGACUUCCAACGACUCAACUGCCUAAGCUGUCUCACAAGCGUCUCUAGAUAAAACUUCAGUGGAUGUUGUGUCUGCUGACGCAUAAGCUGACCUCCAUUGCAGUCCCUGUGUGACAUAUCAAGUGACUGCACGUCCAAACCAGCUGGCUUUAUCCUUUCACCCCCCUGUCUUACUUUGGACUUACAAAUUGUUCAACAGAGACUACUAGAGUGGCACUGGGAUGAUGUUUAUGGAGUGAGACAUUGCUGACAAGGGAGAUCUACAAGAAAGCUGAUCUACAUAACUGGGUUAGGACAACUGAAGAAGCAACUUGGCAUCUUCUCACUUGCAUUUAAACCCUAAAGUGCAUUAAACUACAAAAUGGAUGGAAUAGACACCUUACAGAGCUCAGCCCCAGAGACCAAAGCUGAGCGAAUUGCCCGCUACAAAGCAGAAAGGAGGAGGGAACUGGCUGAGCGCUAUGGCAACACGGAAGAAUUCUCCUCCAAAUAUGUCCGCAGGGACAAGAAAAUCAGCGAUUCAACUGAAACAGUGUCUUCAUCAACCAAGGAGAAGGAAAAACAUGAGGAUAAUGGAUCAAAUCAAACGUAUACCAGGAGGGGCCUCAGGAAUAAAGUUACAGAACCUGAGGAGCACACUGAAGAUGAGCCUGCCCAGGAAAAAGAGGCUACCACUCACCUUAAAACAGACACAAUCUCAUCCUCUAAAUCAGAAGUCAGCUCUUCUAUAAAGACGUCCUCUCAUUUCAGGCUGCUGGAAACCGAUGACACAGAGGAGCCGAAGGCUGAGGAGAAGCCUGUGGACUCAGCCAAGACGAGUGUUACUUCCAAAAUGUCUCUUUUGAAGGAUGUGGAGGAGAUGGAGGAUGGAAGCGGCGAUCGACCUGCCAACGACAGACGAAACCGUCAGCUAAUCAGCAGCGACGAAGAGGAAGCCUCUACUAGCCUUCCUAAAACUUGUAUAAGCAAGGAAAUGGAAGAGAAAGAGGCCACAGAUGAACCUUCAUGGAAGGAGCAGCAUGAAUGUGAUACCACAGUGGAAGAAAAAAAGCCUGCCUCGCUGCAGCGCCAAGACUCAGAGCCUCGAGGCAUCAAGGGAAUCCUAAAGAAAAGCCGCUCCACCAGUGUGGAAUCAGACCACAGUGAGGGCUCGACGCCUGAGAGCGCGCCAGCCCGACAAAGCAGCGUCACCCUCAGCCACGCUGAGAGUGAGGAGGAGAUGGAUGAAGAGGAGCAGGAGGAGUUUGGGGAAGAGUUCAGCGGGGAGAAUGACAGAGAGGAUGAGUCAUUAACUGAUGAUAUCACAGACGGGGGGAGCUUCAUCAUUGACAGACAACAGAGGGAGGGAAGCAGCAGUGGGGGGAGUUUUGAGGAGAUGCGGAGUCCCUCGCCUGAUGAGAGCCUGGAGAAGACCUCUACAGUAUCUGAGGACGUUGAGGAGCUGGAAAGCAGUUUGAAUGGAAGCCUGAGUUCCUCUCUCAAACAGAGUGGGGAAGGUGAGAAGAAGGAUGGAGUGAAAAAGACCAAAGUGCCUGAGCUGACACAGACACCGCUGGCUGAUCGCUUCAGCCAGCUCCAAGAUGCUGAAAACGCCUGGAGGAAAAAGAAAUCCAGUGUGGAUGUUGAGCCCAAGAUGUCGCUGGCAGAUAGGAUGAAGAUCCUCAAGGAGAAGGAGGAGCAGUGGAAGAACAAAGGCAAAGGAGCUGCCAACGACUCCAUCCAGUUCACGGUCGCUGGACGCAUGGCCAAGAGGGGUCUUGUGACAGACACAGGAAAGGAAGAGUCACCUCUUAUCUCUCUCAAGAAGUCAAAUGCCACACCUGUGAAGCCGCAUGAAGAAAUCUCCAGUAGAACUGAUGUCAAGGUGGAAGGAGACAAACGGCUUGACAAGCUUGAAUCCUUCCUAGACAAGCUUCACAAUAAAGGUGUGAGCACAAGCAAAACAUCCACCAUCGAGGUGACUGCAGAGACAGAGAAAGAAGUAAUGACCCUGGAUGAUGAUGAGACAUUUGGCAGCUUCUACAAAUCUGCCUCACCCAUGACACCGCUGGACUCCAGUGUGGUUGUGACUGAGGAGGACCUCAGCCAGAUCCAGGCCAAUACGCCAAAGCUCACCUCAUCUGUAGCAGAGCACAAGCGUGCAGUGCGACCAGCCAGGAGGAAUCAGGGCUCCAGGAACCCUCUGCGGGCUCUGGCUGCCCGCAACGAUAUCCGCCAGGUCUACACUGAACAGAGGCUUAACGUAGCCACAGUAGAGACCAAGAGGAUCCAAGUGGAGAGGAUGGCAAAACACUCCAAACACAACCUGGCCGAUGUGGCCUUGGCAGGCCUCGCCAGCAAGGAGAACUUCCGCAAGGUCAACCUGCGCAGUGUGAAGUCCACCGAUGUUGUGACCAACAACAGUGCAGUGCCUUUCCACAAACUCAUGCUUAUUCGCAUCAAAGGUCGGAGGCACAUCCAGGUGCGCUUGAUGGAGCCCACAGCCCAAUCCCUAAACAGCGGCGACUGCUUCCUUCUCAUAACGCCAAAGCACUGCUUCAUGUGGAGUGGCGAGUUUGCCAACGUCAUCGAGAAAGCUAAGGCAUCAGAGAUGGCAUCGUUCGUUCAGGCCAAGAGGGACCUUGGCUGUAAGGCCCCUCAAGUGACGGUGCUGGAGGAGGGCAUCAACACUGAGAGCAGAUGGGCCAAAGAGUUCUGGAGUCUUCUGGGAGGAAAGACCCAGUAUAGAGGGGCAGGGGAGCCAGAGGAGGAUGAGCUGUAUGAGAGUGGAGUGGUAGACUCUAAUGGAAUCUACAGACUCGAGGGAGAAAAACUGGUGCCACAUGAAGACGCCUGGGCAUCCAUUCCGAGUGUCUCCUUGCUGAACUCUAAAGAGGUUUUAGUGUUUGACUUUGGCAGUGAAGUGUACGUAUGGCAUGGGAAAGAUGUGCCCUUGGGCGACAGAAAAGUAGCCGUCAAAUUGGGCAAACAGCUCUACAGUGGCAGCUAUGACUACACAAACUGCAGAGUCAACCCUUUAGAUGCCUCCUGCACAAACAAGGAUGUGCCUCAGCAAGGGGAGGGCCGUCCAAGCUGGGCUUUGUUUGGCCGGCUGUCAGAGCACAAUGAGACAUCCCUGUUCAGAGAGAAGUUCCUGGACUGGGCCGAGAGGAAAAAGGAGGAACAAGCCCUAGCCGAGGAAAUCAAGAGCCCAGUCAACUCCAGUGUACGCUCCCCAUUUGAGUUGGAACUGCAACCAUGCGACGCCAAAGCCCUGCUGGACAACGAGCCAGAGCCAGUGAAGUCUGUUCUGGAGGGGGUGGACGUUGAGCGGGGCCAUGGCCUGGUGCGGACAGAGGACAGAAGGCAGGCAGAGUUGGCCACAGUAGCUGUAGACGCCUGGCACAUCAAAGAGCACGGUGAGGAGGAACUGCCUAAAGAGAGCCUGGGCCAAUUACACGAGGGUGACGCCUACAUCAUCCGCUGGAAGUACUCCAUCACCACACUCGUGGGGAAGCGACAGAAACCUGGGGAGUUGAGUGCCGGCGCUCCCGGAAGGGAGAGAACUGCUUGUUUUUUCUGGCAGGGCCAUCACUCUAGCAUCAGUGAGAAAGGAACCUCGGCUUUAAUGACAGUGGAGCUGGGCAGCUUCAGGGGCUCACAGGUGUUGGUGAGUCAGGGGAAAGAGCCUCCCUGCUUCCUCCAGCUCUUCCAGGGAGGUUUGAUCAUUCACAAGGGCAGCCGGGAAGACAAUGUCAACAACAAAGAGGGCUGGAGGUUGUUCUGCGUACGUGGUGAAGCAGAGGUGGAGGCCUUGCUGGUGGAGGUGGACUGUCAGCGUGCGAGCCUGCGCUCUCGUGCCAGCCUGGUGCUGCUUAAUGCUCAGACAGGCUGUCUCUACUUGUGGCAUGGCUGUAAAGCACAUGUCAGUGCCAGACAGGUAGCCAAAAGGGCUGUGGACAAACUAACCCAGAGGUGUCCCUCGGAGUUAGGUCUGAGCAUCACCAGCAAUGUGAAAGUUGAGGAAAUUGAUGAAGGAGCUGAACCUGCAGAGUUCUCGGAGGCUCUGGGCCUGAAGGACAAGAAGGCCUACGACUGUAUGCUGCAAGAUCCAGGGAAGUACAACUACACACCCCGGCUGUUCCGGCUGAGUGCCAGCUCCGGCGUGUUUGAAGGGGAGGAGCAGCUGUAUCCCGCCAGGGUGAUAGAGGGAGUCAUGGCGAUGCCCUUCCUCCAGGAGAACCUGUACUCCGCACCACAGCCAGCCCUGUUUAUGCUGGAUAACCGUAUGGAGGUGUACCUGUGGCAGGGCUGGCAGCCUGAAGACACGCAGUGUACCGGCUCGGCAAAGAUGCGCUGGGACAGCGAGAGGAAGUGUGCCAUGGAGACUGUGCUGCAGUACUGCAAAGAAAAGAACCCUCGGCGCCCCCCUCAGGCCUAUCUGGUCCUAGCAGGCUGUGAGCCGCUCACCUUUACCAACAUCUUCCCAUACUGGAAGAAAGACCCCAGUGUCACUUCAAAGGCUGAGAGCUCCAAGAACAAAGUGAUCUUAGUGAAGGAGGCGCUGUCUAAGCUCAGUAAGCUGCAGUACUCCAUCGAAGAGCUCACCACUGUGCCGCUGCCAGAGGGAGUGGACCCUCUACGGCUGGAGGAUUACCUCUCUGACGAGGACUUCAAGAAACUUUUCGAGAUGAGUCGGGUGGAGUUCAAAGCCCUGCCAAACUGGAAGCAAAAGAAUCGGAAGAAAAGCAAGGGCCUGUUUUAAAACACAGCUUUUUGUGUGCAAAUCUGCCUGUUUUUUAUCUUCUCAGCAGCUUUUCAUAAUUUUGUAUUCCAGGAAAAAAAAAAAAUAAUGUCCUCAUUUUGUAAAGGAUUAAAAACAAAUGUACAAUUCUGUUCAAAUGUUGAUCUAUUUUUAAUAACAAUGCCAUUUUUAAAGUUUCCCUGUGUCAUUGAAUUAUUUUAGCCAACUAUUAUGUGCAAUCUUUUGAUGGCGAGACGUUUUCCUUAUAUGGUAAAAAAUAGUUACCCUCACAUUAUAAAUAUGUAAUAUACUAUAAAUGAAUGUUUUUUUUAUGUUUACUCCAAACAUUGUCAAUUUUUGUGUGAGAAUGUGUUGUAUAAAAACUGCGUGUGGUUUAAAACUGAGGGAGUUAUUCAUCGAUUUUUACAUUUCAUGCAAAAGCCAGCUCUGUGUAAUGAGAUUCAGUUGUUCAGCAAAGAUGUCUUCACUUUGAGGUUGACAAAGAAAAGAUGAAAAGCAAAACAAAUCAAAGUUUAGAGAACAAUCCCUAUAAUUUGCAGUUGUUUGAUGGUGUCAGACCAAGAUUGUGUGCUAGACGUCUUCCGCUGUUAUAAUUGCUGCAGCAAACAUAUUCAGUUUUCAUCUUUUUAUUGUAACAGAACAUGUGGUGCAUGUGGCAAGUAAACUCCAAAACUCCCAAAGAUUUCCUUAUUAAUAAUAUCCUGAUUGAUUAUUUUUGUCAUCCAGUCGUGACCUUCUGAAGAACAGAAAUUGGUCAAAAUUGAAACAUGAACCAUUUACUUUGCAAUCAUUACAUGGAUGAGACAUUGAAACUGACGCCUCAUGUUUUAUCAGUUACAAGUUUGGUACCGAAUACUUCCUGGAUUUCAUGAAUAACUGUCACUGAUGGCAACCCUCUGAUCAUCUGGUUGUUUGGGACCAAAUCUAAUCUUUUUGUCUUGUCAUAAAUGUUUUUGUGAAUGUGUAAAUGUGCAACUUUAAAAGUAUUAUGUGUGUGUGGGUGUGGAAGAGAGAAACUGUGCAGUAUAAACAGCUUUUUUAAAACUGUUGACACCACAAAUGUAUACUGCAAAAUCUGUGCUUUUUUUUUUCAGGGGAAAGUGGUAUGUUGAAAUAUACUGUUAAUAAUCGCCUGUGCUGUCUGAAUUGGUGAAAUCUCUGCAUGAUGUUCACAAACAUUUUUUUGCUUAACAAUCAAUUUAUGAAUUUGUUGCAAUAUGAAUCUUUUUGUGAUAUGUCAGAUAUGCAUCAUACAAUAUGUGCAGACAGACAGAUACCAGGCCAGCAUUUAUUUCUUGGCACAUAAAAAUAAACAUUGGUGGUAGGGAAUGAGAUACAGCUCAGUAUUCCCAUUUAAAUAAAAUAUUUUUUAAAAUA